AUUCAUUUCCCUAACGCCUUCUCCUUUGUUUCAAAAUUCUCUACAUUUUUUUUUGGUCUCACUUUCUCUUUCAUUAAUCUCAUACACUUACAAGUCGCAAACACACAUAUAUUAAAACAACUAUAGUCUAUAUGGCGGAAUUGGAGUUUCGCGCAGGUACUAAUACUAGCGGACGAUUAAAAUUGUUUGGUUUUAACGUGAUUGAGGAUCAGGAACAAGAGGUUGAGUCUACGAAAACGUCAUCAGGAUCACCAGAAUCCGGUGAUAUGCCGACGAUCGAUGGCCGGAAAUAUGAGUGUCAAUAUUGCACUAGGGAAUUUGCAAAUUCACAAGCUCUAGGUGGACAUCAAAAUGCUCAUAAAAAAGAAAGGCAACAAUUGAAACGUGCCCAAAUUCAAGCUAGUAGAAAUGCAUACAUGAGGAACCCUAUUAUCUCCGCCUUCGCUCCGCCCUCUCACCUCCUUGCUCCACCGGGUACCCUAGUGUACCCGACAACUGGGGCGGCGUCUACUCCAUCGUGGGUUUAUGUACCACGUGGGACGCCGCCCUUCCACGUGUCACAUGGAGGGAGGGGCGUAGCGAACUUUCACUACACCAGUGGUAUGGCGGAGCCAAACUUAGUAAGUGUUGGGCCUCAACAUGUCAAGGCCCAUGGUGGUCGAGUUGAUGGAAGUAAUGGGCCAUCAUUGAAUAGGUUGUCUAGAACGGAUUUUGGGCCCAAUUUUGAUGAUGCUUUUGGGUUGGAUUUACAUCUUAGCCUGGCACCCGCCGGGUCAUAGAAAUAACGUUUACUGGCCGCUCUUCUAUCCCAUCUUUGAAAAAUAGUCAUUUCAAGACUUUUCGAUUCUGUCUUUGAAAAGUGGCUAGAGUUUUAAAUUUCACAGGUGAAAUUCCCAUACGAUAUUUCAAUUGUAAGGAUUGAAAAGUGGCUAUUUGUGAAUUUAUGUCGGUUCGCGACUUCGCUUGGAUAUAAUCCAUAGGAGAGUAGAAUUAAUUUAUCCUACAAUUGGGAUCUUGUACAUGUUCAUAUUAUUUAUUUAGUUUUUUUUUGUCACUCAGAAAAAGAAAUUCAUUAUGUGCAAUUGCUUAUUUUAUUUGA